AUGUUGGCAAAAGAUUCGUUGUCGUGUUCGUGUUCCCAAUCUUAUGUAAAAACAUUUAUGGUAAAGGACAAGAUCACAAUGCUGAAGGAAUCAAUCAUCGAUGAUUUUUCCUUAUUGAUGUUCAAAAAUUUAGAUGAUUUACAGGUCUUUCAGGACGAGGUGAAAGCUAUCAAAGCGAAAGAAGAAGCCGAGGAGAAACGGCGUAGGUAUGAAGAAAAUGUACGGUUAGGCUUAAUCAAGAAAAAAGGCCGGAAAAGUAAGGCCCAAUUAGAAAAAGAGCGAAAACUGGAGAGGAGGCGUUUGCGACGGGAGAAAAAAGAGCAGCGGCGAAGAGAUCGUAGGGAACGUCGGGAACGUGAGGCUCGUGAAGGAACUAGCGCUGAUAGUGAGGAGCGACGGUUACGGAAAGAGAGAAGACGUGAGCGGAAGGAACGACGUGAGCGUGAAAUGCGUGAACGUGAAUUGACAGGUGACGAAAAAUUGGAAAAAAAGGAACGGAAGCGGAAACUGAAAGAUCCGAAUGCUGCUAAAAAGCUGUCCCGACAACCGGGGGCCAAAGUGGCAGCUGUGAAAUUUCUUGUUUAUCGUUGUUAA